AUGUCACUUCCCAGCCCAGACAGAAUUGUUGCGCUCUCUUGUAUCAAUGUGGGUGCUGGCCCAGGCGGAUCUACACCCAUGCUUGCCAGAGUCUCGCUGGUGAACUUCAGGGGCGAGACACUGUGCGACACAUAUGUUGCUCCAACCAUGCCAGUAACGGACUACCGCACGGCGACCACCGGCAUUGAUCCUAAGACUCUGACGUCUUCGUCAACUCCCAAAUUCCAGCUGGUUCAAGCAGACGUUGCACAGCUCAUAAAAGGUAAAAUCGUGGUUGGUCAUAGCCUUUGGAACGAUUUGUCCGUCCUAGGCAUUCCCCAUCCCGCAGUUUGCACGCGUGACGUCGCCUUGUACCAGCCCUUCCGCAACGCUCUCCGUUCACCAAACCAGGUCAUCGGCCUGCAAACUCUGAUGUGGCACCUCAUGUGCCGCCGCUGUCAAGACGGACAGUUAGACUCGUUGGAGAACGCUCGAGCGACCUUAGAUCUUUACCGUUCUGUAGCUGAGGACUGGGAGAACGCUGUAGCAAACAAUAACUGGCCAUCAAGUCUCCCGCCCAGUACCUUUUCACGGUGCUACACCUAA